GUCGCUUUAAAGGGGGCGUUCGGUCGCAUAUUCCCAAUCUGCCAGAGUGUAAAUUGAAGAGAGGGACUCAUUUGAAGCAAAUAGCUGGCCUUGUGCGAUUGAAUCAAGAGCAACAGCGGGGCGCAAUGGGAGAGGCCGAGACGCGUCAGAAAUUGCUGCGCAAUGUGAAGAAAGAGGUGAAACAGAUCAUGGAGGAGUCAGUGACUCGGAAGUUUGUGCAUGCAGACAGCAGCCAUAUCAUAUCCUUCUGUGCUGUAGUGGAGGCAUGUGUGCUCCAUGGGCUGAAGAGGCGAGCAGCGGGCCUCCUUUGCAGUAAUAAGGUAGCAGCACUCUUCAUGAAGGUGGGGAAGAGCUUCACCCCGGCGGAGGAACUCUGUCAGAAGGUCCAGGAACUAGAGCAGCUCAUCGAGACCAACAGACAGGCUCAACUAAAUAAUGGCAGUGUUCAGAAGCAACCCGGAUUGACCAACCUCCCCCCUCAGGGCUUGAGGAACCUGUGGAUCCGCACUGCUCUCAUGGAGAAGCUUCUGGACAAGAUUGUCAUGUACCUAGUGGAGAACAGCAGUACGUUCUAUGACAGUGAGGCCAUUCUAAUGGAUCCUGUGGAUGGACCAAUCCUUGCCUCUCUGUUAGUCGGCCCCUGUGCUCUGGAGUACACUAAGGUGAAGACAGCCGACCACUUCUGGACAGACCCCUCUGCUGAUGAGCUCGUCCAGAGACACCGCAUCCACAGUGGCCACUGUCGCCAGGACUCCCCCUCCAGGCGACCUGCCCUGAUCCAGAAGAGGCAGUCCAGUGGCAGUAUGGAGGACAGGCCCAUCCUGUGGGCUCGGGAUUACGUUGAGUCCCUCCAUCAGAACAACAGGGCUACACUGCUGUUUGGCAAGAACAAUGUCCUGGUGCAGCCGAGGGAUGAUAUGGAGUCUAUCCCAGGGUACCUGUCUCUCCACCAGACUGCAGAUCUCAUGACCCUGAAAUGGACCCCCAACCAGCUCAUGAAUGGCACUGUGGCAGAUGACACUGAAAAAAGUGUUUACUGGGACUUUGCCAUGACUAUUCGCCUGGAGGAGAUUGUUUAUCUGCACUGCCAUCAGCAAGUGGACAGUGGUGGAACAGUGGUUCUGGUGAGUCAGGAUGGGAUCCAGAGGCCUCCGCUGCGGUUCCCCCGGGGAGGACACCUGCUCCAGUUCCUGACCUGCCUGGAGACAGGCCUGCUGCCACACGGACAACUCGACCCCCCUCUGUGGUCCCAGAGGGGAAAGGGAAAGGUUUUCCCUAAGUUGCGGAAGAGGAGUCCGCAGGGGUCUGUGGAGUCUGUGUCGGAUAAAGAGGAGGACGAGGCCACUGACUAUGUCUUCCGGAUCCUGCUCCCUGGUACUCCGUCAGACUUUGUGGCUCCAGAGCUGAUGGACCAGGCGGUGAACAUGUGGCACCCCACCCCCAGGAAGUCCUCCUGUUUCUCCUGCUCUCAGAACGGAUCCCCUGUUGGCUCACUAUCCAACGGCUGCAACCAGGACAGGGCUCCCCUGAAACUCCUCUGUGACACCAUGAAGUACCAGAUAAUUUCCCGUGCUUUCUAUGGCUGGCUUGCCUACUGCCGUCACCUGUCCACCGUUCGUAUCCACCUCUCUGCCCUGGUCAACCCUACCAUCAUUGACCCUAACGUGCCUCAUGAUGCCCGAGGAGGGCUGACUGUGGAUGUCUGGAGCAGCUUCCUCCAGGACUGCUCUGCGUAUGAUGAGCAUGAGCUUCUGCGGAUGGUGUACUAUGGUGGUGUGGCCCCUACAAUACGCAAGGAGGUCUGGCCAUUCCUGCUGGGACACUACCACUUCGAUAUGACCCAGAAACGUAGGCUGGAGGUGGAUAAGCAGGUGCGGGCCUACUAUGAGCAGACUAUGAAGGAGUGGCUGGGCUGUGAGGCCAUCGUCAAGCAGAGGGAGGGGGAGAAGCAUGCUGAAGCCAUAGCCAAGUGCAAUUCUGUGGAAAGACCAGGACCAGUGCAGCGAGACUCCACCAUCAGCACUGAUUCCUCACAGAGCACCAGUUCAGAGAAACAGAUUGCCCAGAGUGACUCCAGCAGUAGCACACAGGCAUUUGGGUCUGUGGAGGAGGUGGAUCCGAUAGAAUCCGAGAUGAAGCCAGGGGAAGGCAAAGAGGUGUCCAAAAUUCCAUUGAAAGACUGCCCAGAUGUGGCCAACCGAAAUAUUACCUCAGAAUUUGGAGACCCACCCAAAACAAUCUCUGUUGGCUCAGGUCUUCCAGAACAGCCCCAAAGCACAAACAACAACAGCCCUGCAACAAAACUUCCUGCAACUGAUUUAACUGUCAAAACAGUUGCCACUCAGCCAUCACCAGAGCCAUCAGAGCCCCAGGGAGCUGCAUCUAGGCCAGUGGCAGAGACCCAAGCUGGGUCAAAGCUAACCAAGGAUCUCCCUGUCUCAAGAUCAACAGAGGAACCAAAGGUCACGAUAACAGUUGAUGACAAGGCAGGGGAGGAGCGUCCUAAGGCUCCAACACAAGAGUCCAAAGCCCCAGAGAGUAAAGAGGUUGAAUGCUCUGAAUCGGUAGAAAUCAUACAAAUCCCAGAGAGGGUUAAAGAAAGCGGUUCUGACAAAGAAGACGUGAAGUCCUUAGGAAAUACUGAAACUGAAAACAAAGUUGCAGGAAAUGGGUUGUCUGAAGUUUCCACCACAAAAGACCCAAAGCUGCCUGUGAGAGCUGCGUACGCAACUGAGAAUACUGAUAUUCUCAAACUAGAAACUGAGGUUUCUAAUGUAUAUAUUCCAGCUCCACCACUAGGCGAGGCCACAGUUAAUAAAACACUAGAGAGCAAAGCCUCAGUGUCAGAACCAUCCUGUGCCACAGAGCCAUCUUUAACAGAAGGAAACAAAGCUUCAACAAUAGCAGUGGAGGCUGGUAUUGCUGAAAAAGAGGACCCAAACUUCUCUGACAUUGAAGAAAUCACAGAAUCUGAAUUACAAAAAAUUAAAACACCUCAAACCAGUGAAGCUUGUGUUUGUGAGAAAGACAUGGGUAGUACUGAAGAAAAGGUUUCAGAAAUAGCCGAAACCAAAACAUUAGACACUGUGGAGGCCAGUGUCCCUGAGAAAAGCAAUACCAAAGCUGCAGAAAUGACAGUUGCCAUAGAUUCAGAGAAACAUGCACCUUGCAUGCCAGUACUGAAGCCACCUCAGCUAGAGGCCAGGGCCAGUGUUACAGUGACAGCCCACUCUAUGCGUUCUCCUGAUACACUAGAUUCUGAUGACUCGCCCUCUGCCUUAGAGAUGGAGGACAUUCCCACGGCCUGGGCAAGACCCUUGUCCGGCCUGAUGGCUCCCCCUGCUGCCCCCUUCUUGGCCCUGGGGAGAGUUGUUUCAGGGGAACCUGUCCUGCAUGCAAGCUCCAACACCAGUCUUGAUGGAACUGAGCCAACCCUGUCUGAGGAGGAGCCUGAGAUGGAGAGUCUCUACCCCCAGUCUGACUUUUUGGUUGUGACAGGUGAACUCAAACCUGAGGUUUCACCAGUGGUAGUGUCCCCUGCAGGGACUACCUACUCUCAAGAGCAGCUGGACUUGUACUUGCUCAACCUGCAUCGCAUUGAUAAGGAUGUGAGACGCUGUGACAGAACCUACUGGUACUUCACCCCUGCUAACCUGGAGAAACUACGCAACAUAAUGUGCAGUUAUGUGUGGCAGCAUCUGGAGAUUGGCUAUGUCCAGGGCAUGUGUGAUCUGCUGGCUCCUUUACUGGUCAUUCUGGAUGACGAGGUCAUGGCUUUCAGCUGCUUCUCUGAGUUGAUGAAGAGGAUGAAUCAGAACUUCCCCCAUGGAGGGGCCAUGGACUCACACUUUGCCAACAUGCGCUCCCUCAUCCAGAUCCUUGAUUCAGAGCUCUUUGAACUGAUGCAGAUGAAUGGAGACUACACUCACUUCUACUUCUGCUACCGCUGGUUCCUGCUAGACUUCAAACGAGAGAUGUUGUAUGAUGAUGUGUUCUCCGUGUGGGAGAGCAUCUGGGCAGCCACAUAUACCUCCUCCACUCAUUUUGUCCUCUUCAUCGCUCUGGCACUGGUGGAGAUAUACCGAGACAUCAUCCUGGAGAACAACAUGGACUUCACUGACAUCAUCAAGUUCUUCAACGAAAUGGCUGAGCAUCACAACAUCCCGCAGGUCCUAACGAUGGCUCGAGACUUGGUCCUCAAAGUGCAGACUCUCAUAGAAAACAAGUGAUCCAGCAUGUGUCUUUUCCUCCCCUUUCACUCAGUGUCCAAAAUUGUGAAAAUUGUGAGAAAGUCACAAAAUUAAUGUAUUCUGAAAAUCGUAACUUGUAUUUGUAUGAAAGCUAAACCAACAAUUGACAAAAGCAGACAUAGUGGUCAGUAUUUUAAAAUCACGCUUCUCAAUCAUUAUUUUUAUUCCUGAAAUCGUCAGGUGAACCAUACUGAAGCUGUUGUCACACUACAAUAAUUGCACAAUGCAGUAUUUCUGUCUGUCCCUAAAAGCACUUUCCUAUUUUCAGGUAAUUAACAUUAUAAUCAAUAAGUUUAUGAAAAAAUGUAAUUGUUCACUUGGUGAAUGUACCAUUUUAAAAACAAAAACUCUUUGCAUAUUGCUUCAGAAUGUUUUUGUAUUUGUUUUGCCUUAAAUGUAGCUAUCUUGUGCAGGGAUAUUCUCAAUAUGAUAACCAAAUGAGAUCUUGUUUGUACAUUUCCUUCAUACACUUCCCAUCAGUUAGAACCAUUCACAGAGUAAAGGUGCAGCCAAAAAGCUUGCACCUCUCCAACAUCGCAGGAACACUUGCUGAAACCCCUGGCUGUAUCUCAAACAUAUUGUCCCCCAUGUAUUCCAGUGUUUUUGUAUUAAGUGCUUAAAUCUGUCUCUUAUCUUCUCCUUAUCGGCUAAAUGUCUGCGUGUAUUGCUGUUGUACUGUAAUGGUAACUGUACAAUUAUUUGAAACACACACACAGGCUAAUAUUUAAAAGUAUCUGUGAGUAUAACAAUGUAGCUAUACUGUGUAAUAUCAGAUAUGUACACACACGUAGGCCACUGUACAUGUGAUUUGUUGCUUGACGACAAUAGAUAAAUAUACCGACAAACAUAUGAGAAAAAUAAUCUUAUUUUUUCAAUGUAUUCUUGAAUUGUUUAUUGUUGUUAUUACUUUGCUGUGUAUUAAACAAUCAGUAUAUUUUGG